UUCAAAGAAUAUUAAGUAAUAAUAUCACGAUCAUAAAUAGUUUUGAUUCCGACAAAACUAGUUUUGAAGAAAUAAUUGGAAACUGCUGGUGCAAUGGAAUUGAAAUUAAUUGGCAUAAUUACUAUAAGCACAUUUGUUCUUUGAUGGCAAAAACUCGGCUUAUUCAAUUGCCUGGAUAUUCAUUUAACCAUACUUGUAGUUACUGGGUUCAGCAAGUUCAUCAGAAACCAUUAGCGUUAGUAAAAACUAAUACUGAUAGGUUUGCGUCUAAUGAAAUAGAUCAGCAACCACAUAUAAAAUAUAACAAUUCAUCCAUAAUUGAAAGCAGAGUAAUUCUUUGCUUUAAGAAUACUCUUGGUUUGGGAAAUAUUGAUGUAAAUAGUAACUUUUUUGAUUGCGGUGGUAACUCUCUUUUAGCAAUAUCGUUAAUUAGUUUAUUAAACAAAGAAUUUAAUAUUAGACUUUUAUCACCAAAAAUUUUGUUCAAUUCUCCGACUCCUCUCGAUUUAGCUAAUAAUAUUAAGGAAAUUUUAAGCACAAAUAUUUCACCUAUAAUUAACAAUGGCUUCAAUAGAUCAAUAGAAAAACUCAAUAACGGGAGCAAAACUUUUAAGCCGAUUUAUAUAAUACAUCCAGUAGGUGGAUCUUGUGUAUUUUAUAAAGAUAUUAUUAAUUCAUUAGGAAAUGUACCAGUUUAUGGAUUUGAAUAUCCCGGACUUCAAGAUUCAACAGUAAUAGAAUACCAUUCUAUACAAGAUCUUUCUGAAAUUUACAUUAAAGAUUUGUUAAGAAAUAAUCCAAGUGGUCCAUAUAACCUUUUUGGUUCUUCAUUUGGUGGAAUUGUAGCAUAUGAGAUGGGUUGCAAAUUGAUUAAACAAGGAAAAUCCGUAAAUUUAAUUAUGGUAGAUACACCAACUGGUCAAGAUCUUCCAAAGUCAAUGACAAGUGUUGCAGAAAUUUUACAUUAUAUUUACUCUAAAAUGUGUAAUUUAGAUGAAUUAAUAGGAAUGGAUAAUGAUGAGAAAGCAUUGCAAAUAGUUGUUGAAAAGGCGUCAACGCUAAAUAUAAAACAACAUCAAUUAAUUCUCCCGGAACGCUCUGUGAUAACAUCAACGAUGUUAAAAAGAUAUGUUGAUGUAUUUAAAUUUAAUAUGAAAGCAAUGAGUACAUAUCAAUUACCAAGAUCAGAAAGACCGAUACCAAUUAUAUAUUUCAAAGCAAAGAUUAGAAGAAAAGGUAUAGAUCCUGAAUUCCCAGAAAAUUCUUGGAUUAAAAUACAAAAAAUCAAUGGAGGAAAUUUGGAUUGUAUUGAAUUAGAUGGCGAUCAUAUUAGU